AUGAAGCAAACUCUUCGGCUGCUGACUUUAUACAAUGGUUCUUCCAAUGUGGAGCUCCUAAAUUCCAACGAAGAUGCCUGUUUGCCCCAGCAGAAGAAGAGCGGAACUGAUGGCAUCUGUGGUGUAAAGGAGACAAUGGCCACAAAGCAGCAAGCACCAAGAGGCUUGUACUCCAUUUCCAACGUCUCCAUUGAACAAAAAGAGAAAAAAUUGUUUGCCAGGUCACAUGAGGUGGAAGUAGGCCUAAAAACCGUUGCCCCUAUGGGAACACUGGUAUCUGAAGCAGAGGAGCAUAUGAAGACUCUUCAGCACACAAUUCAUCACCAAGACCAGCUUUUCUCCUUGCCUUUUUUGCUGUCUCUGUUUUGUCCAUUUUAG